AACAUGAAGGCAGUGCUACAAGCAGGCUGGCUGUUCACUGUAGCUAUUGGCAACUUUAUUGUCCUUAUUGUGGCUGACAUUGCACAGAUUGAAGAACAGUGGGCAGAGUUUGUCCUCUUCGCCUCCCUCCUAGUGGCAGUAUGUGUCAUCUUCUCCAUCAUGGCCUAUUUCUAUACCUACAUGGACCCUGCAGAGAUCGAGGCCCAGUUCAGGGACAAAGAUGGUACGGAAGAAUCAGACAAAGAGGAGCUUCAAAUGCAGAAGAAAGAUUCCGUAGCCCAUCACAAUGAAGAUGAUUAA